UCUUUCUUUUUCUCUCGCUCUCUCGCUCUCUCGCUCUCUCUCUCUGGCUCUCGUCGUCAAGACUCAAAGAAAACAUACCAACCAGAGAGAGCGAAAAGACGACAUGGCUCGGCCUAGACUUCCUUCUCUCUUCUUUCUGUUAUCUCUCCUGCUCGCCUUCUCUCUCCUCCCAAGCCCAGCGCUUUCCGGCAUAGACUCCUUCAUCUACGGUGGCUGCUCUCAGCUCAAAUACACCCCGGCCUCAGCUUACGAGACCAACCUCAACUCCCUCCUCACCUCCCUGGUCAACUCCGCCUCCUACUCUACAUACAACAACUUCACCAUCGUGGGCUCCAGCUCACAGGACGUCGUCUACGGCCUUUACCAAUGCCGCGGCGACCUCUCCAUGCCCGACUGCUCCCAGUGCGUCGCUAGCGCCGUGCGCCAGCUCGGCGUCCUCUGCAUGGGCUCCUGCGGUGGCGCGUUGCAGCUGCAGGGGUGCUUCGCCAAGUAUGACAACACCACGUUCCUGGGCGUCGAAGACAAGACGGUUGUGCUGAAGAAGUGUGGAGCGUCGAUUGGGUACAAUUCGGACACCUUGAGCCGGAGAGAUGCAGUGCUGGCCGGUCUGUCGAGCGGAGGUGGGACAUACAGGGUGGGGGGAUCCGGGAAUGUUCAGGGUGUGGCCCAGUGUGUCGGAGACUUGAGCCCAAGCGAGUGUCAGGGUUGUUUGUCGCAGGCGAUCGGACGGUUGAGGACUGACUGUGGCACGGCUGCUUCCGGCGAUAUGUUCUUGGCCAAGUGUUAUGUCAGGUACUCGUCCAGCUCUGUUGGUAUAGGGGAUUAUUACUCCAAGGCGGAUAACGAUUCUUCUGAUGAGGUUGGGAAGACUCUCGCAAUUAUCAUCGGACUAUUAGCUGGGGUGGCUUUGAUCAUUGUUUUUGCUUCCUUCUUAAGUAGGCUGUGUGGAGAUAAAGGUAAAUAAAUGAAUAGUGAAAGUGGAAAUUGAAAUCCCCAGAAUUGCAAUCCACUAUUCCUCCUCCCUCCGUCAGCUCACUUUCGGUGGUCUUCUCGCUUCACUUUGUUCUCUUGGAUUCUACUUUUCUUUCUCUCUUUAUCUUUUUGUUCAAGUUUCUUUUGUAUUUCCCAUAAACAGAGAUUUAUAAAAGAAAGGUGGAAAAGAUUUGUGGGGACAGGUACAUUGGAAUUUGGAACAAGUGAAGAGAAAGCUAGAAAGUUAAGACGCAGGAACACCAAUAUUCCAUACUCCUCACCACCCCCACUUAUGAAAGUUCUUGUCUAAUGUGCAGAAGGAAAUGGAAAAUUCUUUUUAGAAGGUGAUAAUGUGCAUUGUAAUGUUUUUAUAGUCUGUUGAGUUGGGUGUUUUUAAGGUUUGCUAGCCUCUACUUUAUUACUUCAUUUGGCCAUUAUUUAGGGGUUGGCAAGUUAAUUUGGUUUUGCCCCCAAAAGUUAGGGUUUAAGCCUAAUUAUUAUUCUCUAAUUCUAUUCGUCAAUUCAAUAAUGUGAUUCAAUCUA